CUCUUAGAAAAUUCCUACAAACUGCAUGUGAUAAAUAUAAUGUAACGUUGCGGAACCGAUGUGUAAUUGUAUACGGGGUAAGUCUAUACGGACAGUGUGUCAGGAUGUGUGCUAUGCCAUCGUGUGUAGUCUCUCGGGAGUUAUCCUGUACUCAUGGCUUAUACGCUGUGGUGUAUACAUCUGUGAUGAUCCGUGAUAUAAAGGACUCAGUCACUGGCGUUUUAUAAACAUAGCGAGCAGUCGUGUAGAGGUGUGUGCAGCCAGUUGUAAGCAGACGCACGUUGUUGUUAUCUGUUUUGCGAGUGUCCAGUCAUGGUAAAGGUGUUUUAUCGUGUAAUAUAAAGACACAUUCGUAUAUUUCGCCUGAAUCUAACAUUCCGGUAUAUUAUAAAGAUGACGUCUGUAUUUCAAAUGACAUCCUCGUUCGUCCGCUUUGUGUGGUAUGUGUUUGUUAUGGACGCAUGUGUCUUAAGACUUUGCGUUGGUCAUCCUCAGUGUCUGGACUUUCGGCCACCGUUCCAGGCAGGUUCAGCCUUAACUUUCUGUCCCCAGUACUCUACAUUCGGGUGUUGCACUGUUGACGAUGACCGUCAGCUGAUGGCAGACUACGGUGACAUUCGGAACAACGUGCCGUCUGCUCUGUGGCGGGAAUGUGGUGGCUACCUUAGGGAGUUUUUGUGUCUCAAAUGUUCCCCGUAUGCAGCUCACAUAUUUGAUGCGGAAGAUUCGUUGGUUCCAAGGUCAUUCCCGGGACUGUGUAAUGGGUAUUGCAAAUCUUUUCAUGCUAAAUGUCCAGACAUUAUUAAAUAUAUGUCCAGGGACCGCUCCUUACUCCAAAGCGUCUCGCAGGGAGCAGACGCCUUUUGCGAUCAUGUUGGCCUUGCAGACAAUGACUACUGCUUUCCAGAUUUGGUUAACAAUGACCUCCUCAAUAGGAAGAUCUCGAUUGUUCAGGUGACUUCAGAAGGUUGCAUCUGUAUGGAACAGAUUGCCUCGGGACUCAGAAAUCCCGUGUUUGCACGGCAUGCGGGUGAUGGUACUAAUCGUCUAUUUAUUGGAGAAGUCACGGGGCAAGUUCAAAUAUAUUUCCCAAACGGAUCGAAAAUUCAGGAACCGUUCCUUGAUAUAGAGGAUGAUGUGAUGAACACCAAGAGCGAAGGCGAUGAACGAGGGUUCUUAGGCAUGGCUUUCCAUCCAAAAUUCAAACAAAAUAAGAAAUUUUAUGUUUACUAUUCAGCAAGGCAACAACUUGGGAUGGGUAAUCAUGUUACAAAGAUAAGUGAAAUGAGAGUUUCAGAAGAUAAUCCAAAUAAAGCUGACAGGAGGUCGGAGAGAAAUUUACUGACGAUAGACGAACCGUACUGGAAUCACAAUGGAGGGGAG